CUUGACACCAACCAUGGAAUGAAAAUCAAAUGGCUGAAAAGAAGGAAAACUAAACCAACCACUAGAGUUGAAGGACUCCACACCGCUAAAACUAGUUAAGCGCUGCAUCACGUUCGACAUGAAGGAAUACGAAUGCCAUAACCUGACCCCAGAUCUUCCUUUUUAUUAGUAACGGCUUGUAAGCCUCUCAGCUCAGAUCCCCUUUCAUCCUAGGUCCUCGCUUUGUUUUCGUUCCUCUUUGUCUCCUGCCAACCACCCCCUUAUCUCACCGUGAGUUAUUCACGCCGGAGUUGAGCUCCACCUGUGUCCUAUUUUGUGCGCACGCGCAAAGGACUUCUCUAACUCGGUUGUGCGACGAUUCCCGUCUAACGACUCAACGCGCACAGGUCGCAUGUAACACCCUCGGCAACCGUCAGACGAACUGCCCCUGUCGACUUGCGGAUAGAACUCUCGAGAAAAGGGGUCGAUAUUAAUUGAUUGCCUGCCCCGUUCUGUCAUUGACACGGAGGAACGGACCGAAUCUCGCCUGAGGAAAUACUGACUUUGCUAAAUUAUCAACAUGGGAGAAAGCGCACAACGCCCGUCUUCAGGGCCGGGGCAAGUUGGGAAGAACUUUUCAUGGAUUCUGUUAACUGCACAGUACACUACGUUUGUGCUGUUAUUACACUACUCCCGGGUAAUGCCGCCAGCUAAUGGCAAGCGAUAUCUCACGUCUACCGCGGUCUUCUUCAACGAGGUUGUCAAACUUGCCAUCUCUCUUACUAUAGCCUUAUACGAAGUUUCCAAGACGGCGCCCCCAACAGUUCCUGCAACAUCCCUUUUCUUCUCCCUCACGUCUGCUGUUUUCUCUGGCGACAGUUGGAAGCUCGCAAUCCCCGCUAGCCUUUAUACACUUGCCAAUUCGUUACAAUAUGUCGCUCUCUCGAAUUUGCAGGCGGCACCCUUCCAAGUAACAUACCAGUUGAAACUCAUCGCGACCGCUAUUUUCGGCGUGAUUUUAUUGAACAGGGGCAUCUCACUGCGCAGGUGGGGUCUGCUGUUGCUCCUGCUGGUGGGCGUUGGGCUUGUGCAGAUACCCAUUAGCAGUACCGGGGAUGUUUCUCUCCAAGAUGAGGCGGCCGCGCACCAUGCCUUUCCGCGGUCGCUGGAAGAAUGGAAGGCCGCCAAGCUGGAUCGGCCAAAUCUCCAUAAACGUUCGGCAACAUAUGAGGGUAUUGAAGAGGAUAUGAUGAACGCCUUUCCGCGAAUGAACGCAGUUGUUGGUCUCCUAGCGACUCUUGGCGCGUGCGUCGCAUCUAGCCUUGCCGGUGUAUAUUUCGAAAAGGUACUAAAGGAUAGUGCGAAGUCGACCUCGCUUUGGGUCCGCAAUGUCCAGCUGGCCGUGUAUUCUAUCUUCCCCGCUUUGUUCAUCGGUGUUGUCUUCUUGGACGGCGAAAAGAUUGCUGCCAACGGCUUCUUUGGAGGGUAUAAUUGGGCCGUGUGGUCUACCGUGGUUGCUCAAGCAAUUGGAGGGAUUGCAACAUCUUUCUGUAUUGGCCAUGCAUAUCGAGAUGCAAGAAAUGUUGCUACCGCUACCAGCAUCUUUCUUACUACGUUAGGAAGCGUCUGGCUCUUUGAGUUUGAGCUAACUGGUAAUUUUAUUCUCGGAACGUUUGCAGUACUUGUGGCGACCUAUCUUUGCGAAGAUCCGAGUUCGGCUUCCAGCACCAGCAAGCGCCAGGGACCUCGACCGCCACCGAUUCGCAUCGAUCAGUAUGAUAAAGAAUCCAAAAGCGAUGAUGUUUCGCCCGUGUCCCCUCCGCCAAACGAGUUUUCCAUUAAACUCCCCGGUACGCCGUUCCUUUCUGAUGCCGGCUUGUCGACAUCUAGGCCUACGUCACCAGGGCAUGUUAGGGUUAAUGCAGCCCGGACCGCCAGCGGUGGUUAUUUCGAUAAGCAGCUACGAGACCAGUGAUUUUGACGAUACGGAUACGAGCUCAGAUUUGCAUGCAGUGUGUAUAUUACGCUUUGCGUUUGGACCAAGUCCUAAGGGAAGUAAAUAAGCAUGGAUAGAAGCGAAGCUUUUCUUGUUUCAUCUUGAAUAUCAACAUCUCUCUCGUGCAUGUGACUUUUUGUUUCUGUUCUGUUCCCCCCGCCCUUCAUCUCUUCAUUUCUUUCCCUCUCAUCUUCACCCUUUUCUAAAAAAGAGACUAUUGAACGUCGUGUUUUAUGUUUUAGUAUAUAUCCGAUCACCCUGACCAAGCGCUCAGCUGUUUAGCAAUGUAUAAGUGUAUAUCGUCCUGAGGCUCUGGAGACACCUGUGACAGAGACCACUUGUGCCAAUCAAACUAUCAUACUGCUCAUUUUCUGGGUAGCUUCCAUGUGCUUCCAUGUCACUCGUUCUCUGUUAGGAGCAGGUGACCUAUUCUCCCGUCUGUAAUUAAGUAACCUUUCAAUCUCUUUUUAUCAGCUUAUCUACUACUCAUCCCUGCUUACUAGCAGCC